AUGGGAUGGAAGGGCAUGAUAGAUGAGGACGCAAAACAGCUUCUUCAUUAUGUGAAAAACACCCACUUUCUGGACAGUGCUGGAAAGACUAUGUUUUUUGAUGAGAAUGGCAACCCUCCAGCAAUUUAUGAUGUUGUAAACUGGCAACUGACAGAAAGAGAACAGGUGGCUUAUGUCACAGUUGGGCACUUUAAUUCCAGUUCCCCAAAAAGUUAUGAACUGAUUGUGAAUGACAGCCAGAUUGUUUGGAAUCAAGGGAGCACACAGAUUCCAAAAUCCAUCUGCACUGAAAGCUGCUUGCCUGGAUACAGAAAGGCUCUUCGGGAGAGACAGCCAGUUUGUUGCUAUGACUGCAUACCCUGCUCAUAUGGGGAAAUUUCUAAUCUUUCUGAUUCCAUGGAGUGUAUGAAAUGCCCUGAUGAAAAAUGGUCCAAUAACAGGCGAGAUCAAUGCAUAGCAAAGGUUGUAGAAUUCCUAUCUUUUGAAGAUGUCUUGGGUUCAACAUUGUCUGCUUUGGCCAUUUUCUCAUCUACCAUCCCAUCAAUUAUUCUGAUCACAUUUAUCAAAUACAAAAACACCCCUGUUGUCAAGGCCAACAACCGUGAACUUAGCUACCUUCUCCUAAUUACCCUGAAAUCAUGCUUUCUUAGUGCUCUUAUUUUUAUUGGUCAGCCUACAAAAGUCGCAUGCCUUCUUUCUCAGGCUACAUUUGGAAUAAGUUUUGCUCUAUGUGUCUCAUGUGUAUUGGCUAAAACAAUAAUGGUGAUUAUAGCCUUUAAGGCCACAGUACCCAACACUAACUUAAGAAAAUGGGUUGGAUCCAAUUUGGCAAGGCUGAUUGUGUUCUUUUGUACAGGAGUGCAGGUCACUCAGUGUAUUAUAUGGCUCUGGACUAGCCCACCACUUCUUGAACAAAACAUACAGUCCAGUGCAGAUAAAAUAAUACUACAGUGCACUGAAGGUUCCACUGUAUCAUUCUGGUGUGUGAUAGGAUACAUGGGUCUACUAGCUAUCCUGAGCUUUGUCAUAGCCUUUCUAGGGAGACAAUUACCACACAGCUUUAAUGAAGCCAAAUACAUCACCUUCAGCAUGCUGGUGUUUGGUAGUGUCUGGCUUUCCUUCAUCCCAGCAUAUCUGAGUACCAGGGGGAAGUACAUGGUUGCUGUGGAGAUAUUUGCUAUCCUUUCUUCGAGUGCUGGGUUAGUAAUCUGUAUAUUUUUUCCCAAGUGGUACAUUAUUCUUGUUAGACCUGAUAUGAACAGCAAAUGUUCCUUGAUGGGAAAAAGGAUACACAAUUAG